ACUUUUAGUUUCACUUCAGUUUUUCAUCAUUUCAUAUUUGAUACAAUAUAUGUAUUACCAAAAUAUAUAUAUUUAAUCAGUAACUAUUUAUUAAUAAAUUAUAACAUAAACAAUAUCAAAGUAGUAAGCAAAUAUCUUCUUGACUUGAAAUAAUAUAUAUAUGUGUUAGUAAGUUGUUAUAUACGAAACGUAAUAGAUAGAAUUUUAAUUUUCUAUUUCGAAGAUAUAAAAAAAAUUUUUUUUUCAAAAAAAAUUUAGAGAUAUUUACAAAUUUUAAUAACGUUUGUAAUAGAAAUAUCAGAAAGACGUGUUAUUGGUCAUCGUGAACAAAAGUGCAUUUAAAUAAAAAUUAUUAUAAUCGUAAAUUAUUUGUGGACGUAUUUGAAGCAAAUGUAUUUCAAACAUACAAAGUAACUUAUUAUUUACAUUAUAAAUGAUGUGUAGCUUAUGCUAUAAACUAUAAAUGAUAGCACUCGAUGUAAUAACACUGUUGUUGAAGGAAAGAUCCUACUUUAUCUUCAACAAUAAAAAGUUAUUAUUUAUCUGACAAAAACUGAUGCAUAUUUUCAUUAUAUUUUAAUCAUAUGUGACGACAUUACUCUAAAGAAAUGACUAUGAAAAUUGAUAAUAUAGAUAAUAACUUACCACUUCCUUCUGAAAAGAUGCCUAAAUGUUGGAAUGAAGAAGAAAGGAUCAGUGCUUUAUUUUCUCCUUUUCGCAGUAAAUCAGCUAAUCCACAAGAUUGGAUAUCAAAAUAUAAAUUUUGGCAGAAUUUAAUAUAUGAAUGGUUGAAACAUACUAAGAGAAUCAGUUUUUCUAUUACAGACUUAAAUAGUACUUUUAAAAGAAGAGGUUGCACACCACUUUGUUUAACAACUGUCGUUGAAGAAUUGCUACGGACUAAUGAAAUAAUUUCAGAAACUGAAUUUUUGAAAGAACCUUGUGAAUCAUGGACUGCAUGGUCAAUUGAUAUAUUUAUAAAAAAGCCAUUUGUAUGGUCAUUUUCGAAAGUUAAAAGUUAUAUUGGUAAUAAUGAAAUUAACAGAGAAACCAAGUAUAUACAUCUACAAAUUGUCAAAGAAUUUGGAGAUGUUUUACUUUCUAUCUUACAAAGAAAAAGAGAACAUAUUCUUGUAUCAUUUUCUGAACUAGCAAAAAGUUGUAAAUCUGAAAUAGAUAAAAAUAUAUCAGAUAAUACCAUAAUGUUAAUUUUAAUAUGGUUAAGACAUCAGAAAAAAGUGGUUUUUAGGAGUAGUGAAAAUGAAAAUGAGUUAUUGAUUAAAAUUGUUAUGCAUUCAUCAGACAGUAUAACAGAAAUUGAAGAAGGCCUGUAUAAGUUGAUAAAACAAGAAAAUAAACUUAUAAAAGAAAUAGAACUCAUGGAGAAAGAAAAAAUUAAUGUUAUUAAUGAAACUAAAUCAUAUUUAACUAAGGGAUUGCAACAAGUAGCAAAAACAUAUCUGAAGAAAAAGAAAGAAUUAGAAAAUACUAUUGAAAAACGAGCUCAAACACUUGACAAUAUUCAAAGUCUUAUAACAAGUAUUCAAAAUACUCAUACAAAUACUACUGUACUAUCGGCUUAUAAAACAGGAUCAAAUGUAUUAAAAACACUUAACAAAAGUUUGUCAGAAUCCAAUGUCACAGAUGUUGUAGAUGAUCUAUUAGAAGCUCUAGAAGAACAAAAAGAAGUACAGUUUACAUUGUCAGAAUCUUUUAAAAAUGAUGAUUCAAGCGCUGAUUUAGAGGCGGAAUUAGUAGAAUUAAUGAAAUCUGAUGAAAACAUUUUGCCUUCAGUACCAAAUUCCAAAUUAAGCCCUACCAUCGAUGAACUUCAAAAAGAAUUAAAAAACUUAUGUGUUGAAGGUAAAAUAUUUAUAUUAUAUUUCUUUGUAUUGUAAUAUUAUAUUUUUACGUUUGAUAUUAUAUGAUAUUUUUUUAAACAGAAGCUAUAUCGAAUGUAUCAUCUGAAUUACCAAAAAAGGUCUACAACAAAAAGAUAUCGAAACAAUCUGAAUGUCUGUAACAAUUAUAACGUUACAUAUAUGUAUACUUUUUUGUAAUUAUAGUGUCUUGUUAAUUAUAAUGUCACAUUUGUAGCAAAAAUAAUUUUAAAUAUAAUGUAAUGUAAUUUUAUAGAAGUAUAUAA